AUGCAAGCCAUCAGUGGAUCCAAGCCACCAAUGGAUCCAAGCCAUCCGUGGAUGCAAGCCAUCAGUGGAUCCAAGCCACGGAUGGAUGUCACGUGCAUGCCCUGCCUCAUCCGCGUGAUUUCGCCUUUGUCCAUCACGUUCGACGAUGAUCCUCGCGUUCUGAUUCCGCGCACGAGGGAACGCAGCGAGAACCUCAGCGUCCCUCCAGAGCGGCUUGAUGACGUCACCGCCACGCUCUCCGCGGCCGAUGACGUCAUCGCCAUCCGCAAUGCGGCGAUUUCGCGCGCCCACCGAGUUCAACCGGUUCGAAGCCGACCCAAGAGAAACUGCAGGAUUCGACCCGCGCCAAAACGAACCGACACGCUGAAAGGAACGAGCCGGGACUACGCGAGGAAGAACGGGAAAUUCCCGACCGCGAACUCCGAUCACCUUUUAUGCAAAACGGUUCAUCCGAACGAAUGCGGAACCGAACUGAUCGUGUCACGGAGUACAGCCCUCCGCCGCCAUCCUUUUCCGGUCCCGACCCGACGCGCCGGGCCGUCGCCUCCAGCGGCCCGCGGGGCCGUGCGGAUCGAGCCGGCCCGCUCAGACCUCUAUCCCGGAGCCAGAUCAAACAUGGCGUCGAGCAAGAGCAAGGCCGAGGACAAGAGCCUGUUCAUUCUCAGAGAAUUGGCUCAUCUGCCGAAGAACAAAGAAUGUUUCGACUGUGGGCAGAAAGGACCUACCUACGUCAACAUGACCAUCGGGUCCUUCGUGUGCACGCAUUGCUCAGGCCUCUUGAGAGGCCUGACGCCCCCUCACCGAGUGAAGUCUAUAUCCAUGGCCACAUUCACCCCAGAGGAAAUAGAAUUUGUCAAAGCUAGGGGAAAUGAGUAUUGCACGAGAGUGUGGCUGGGAGCAUACAAUAGCAGCAAGAAUGCAGUGGAUUUUCGGGAUCAGGAUAAGUUAAAGGAUUUUAUGGUGGCAAAGUACGAGAAGAAGCGGUACUACAUGGACCCAGGGAGCAUCCAGAGCUUCAAGCCCCCGUCGACCGACCCCCCGCCAAAGGCCACCACCCCGACAUCCGAGGUCAAACCCCUGUCCUCGCUGGUUGGGAGCCAGGUGAAGCCCCUGGCAGUGUUAAGUACCUCUCAGGCUGCGAGGGUCCAUUCGUUGCCUGAGAUCAGCAAGAAGCCCCUGGAGUUUGUUCCAUCCAAGCCAGUGGAUUCCUUUGACCCUUUUGGCUCCCUCCCCACACAAGACAUCCCCAAUUUCGCCAACUUUGACAACGAUGCCUUCCUUGCAGCAAGUGCAAAAAGUGUGUCCUCUGACCCACGCCCGGCCAAGGGGAGUGCCCCGUCCAUGGACAAGUAUGCUGCCCUUGCAGACUUGGAUGAAAUUUUCAAAUCACAGAAGAGCCAGCAUGAGCAGAACAUCAAUUGGAACUCUUCAUCUCCUACACCGUCUUCUGGUGCUGCAAAACUGUCGAGCAGCCCUCAAACAUCAUCAGUGUUCCCAGGCACUCAGCCUGCAGCUGCGUUUGGGAACCCCCCCUUGGUGGCCACCAGCAUCGGAAUGACCGGUGGGGCCUUUGGUGGGUUCCCACCCCAGACCACCACCGCCGCGGCCUUCAUGCCGAAUCCCAUGCUGACCAGUCAAAGCUUCCCUGCAUUCCCCAUGGCCAAUGGUGUUCCUGCCUACUCAGUUCCUUCCAUCAUGCCCAUUCAUGGCUUCCCUGGAGGAGUUGUAUCUCCGGCAUACAUGACUGGGGGUGGGGUGAUGAAUGGGGUGUGGGGUGGGUGGGGAGGCACCUGGCCGACGAUGGUCCCUGGCCAGCAACCCCAGCCUGUGAUGCCUGCCCAGAAGGGCAUGAUGUUCCAGGCCUCAUCUCCCUGGGUCCCCUCCAACCCGAACCCAUUCUCAGCUGCCCCUGGUCCGUCGGCGAUGUCCGGUGCAGCUGGCCGAGUGAACCCGGGGAACCCGUUCUUAUCAUGAUAGGAGUGUCGUGAUAAGCAUCAAAUCAUUGUCUCUUCUCAUCAAGGCAUCAGACCCUCUCAAGUAUGGUGCUGUAUUUUUUUCAAUGAGCAAGGGAAAUUUAGUACUAUCUUGUACUUUUGUGUCACUGGUGAAGUGAAAGGCCCAAAUUUAAAAGGGUUUAUUUGCUUUUUCCUUAAUAUAAGGUGACGUCAUACCUGGUAGAGAAAUUCAGGUAGAGAUGGAUAGGAUAAACUCCCAGCUUUGCCUAAGCAGGAUGGGAAAUGAAAAUUUUUUUUUUUCAGACAUGUGUGUUUGUGUGGAAAGCUUCCCAUCCUUCCCCAAAAAUUUGGUCAGUCGCGUGUAUGAAUGUUCUGUAGCAUUUCCUCAAUUCUACUAUUCUUGUGGUUUUUUGUGAUAAUCCUGUUAUCGCAGUCACAAUAAUUUUCCUGUUCCGUUUUUGUUGUUUUUUAAAGCUUGUAGGUGUUUAUCAUGGGAAAUCUGUUGCUUAUUGGUGCUUUUUUCAUAUGUAUAGGCCUUUGAAAGAAAU